UGCUCGGAACGCGUGCCAGACUAAUUAGAUGUGUCUACAAAGCGUACACACUUUAGCCAAUGGAAAACGUUAAAUGGCAAAACCAGUUAUAGUUUAAUUUUUCAAGCUUUCAUUUUGGUCUUGAUUUAAUACAACCUGUUCUGGGACUAAGUAGAAGAUGGAUGCAUUAUUAAUUGUUGCAGGCAUUUGUUGUUGUAUAGGUUGUGCAACAUCAGCUAUGUGUCAGUCAGGAGAGCUGGAGUUCUUCAGCUACCCGGAGUCUCCUUUUCCACAACAGCGAACGAUCAAAUUCAAACGUCCAUUCAAUGACAGACCGGUAGUGAUGUACUGCAUGAGGAUGAUUGAUUCUCACUACAACCUGAACACCAGGGCCAAUAUCAGACUCCUCUGGGUGCGGCCUGAGAGGUUCUCCCUCCGGAUCACGGCCGCACAUGACAGCCAACUGUACGGUCUAGGAGUUUCUUGGAUGGCGUGUCCAUGACCUUUACCUUCUGAUAAUGAUACUUCAUGGUCAUGUGAUAUGAUAGGAAAUUGAAUCCGUUUCUCAUCUCGACUUCCGGUUUGAGGGACUCGCGAGAAGGCUAGUAGAAGUGUUAAUUAAUUGAAUUGUACAUCAUGUGUAUAAAUUUUCAUAAAACUAUUCCUGAAAAUACAUGUAGAUUACCUUUUGAUGGAAAUAAAAUAUUGCGUGAUA